AUAAUCGGACAAGCAACAAACAACAUCUUCCCGAUGUUAGGGUCGCUACCGUAUCAGAAUCCUAAAGACGAUGUUUUCGAGAAGACCGUUAUUGAAACUCAUCUGCAGACGUCGCUUUUCCAGCAGGCAGAGCGCCGGCGAGAAGACGGCCCUGUACGAUUUCCACGUGGAAAACGGCGGAAAAAUGGUAAAUUUCGGGGGUUUCCUGUUGCCGGUGCAGUACAGUGACUUGGGCAUUGCCGCUUCGCACGUUCACACGAGGAAGGAAGCGUCUAUAUUCGACGUCUCCCACAUGCUGCAGACUGAAGUUAAAGGUAAGGGAUGUUUGGAUUACUUCGAAUCCAUAUGCACGGCCGACCUAAGGAAUCUGCCGGAAAAUUCGUCGGUCCUGACAGUUUUCACGAACGACAAAGGCGGCAUAUUGGACGACCUGAUCGUGACCAAAAUCAACGACGAACACCUGUACGUGGUGUCGAACGCAGCCAUGAAACUCCAGGACCAGAAAAUCAUGUCCGAAGCUCUGAAAGACUACCGAAAAAAGACCAACGCCGAAAUGGACAUAAGAUUCUUCGAGCCCAAGGAACGAGGUCUGAUAGCCCUGCAGGGGCCCAAGGCGGCCGGCGCGCUGCAGAAGGUUACGGACGUGGACGUUUCCAAGCUGUACUUCAUGACGACGUCGGUCGGUCGAGUGGGAAACGCGGAAAAUUGCAGGAUAACCAGAUGCGGGUACACCGGAGAGGACGGCUUCGAGAUCAGCAUCCCGGCCGAGAGGCAAGUGGAAGUAACGAGGGUUUUAUUGGAACAGGAGGACGUGAAAUUGGCAGGUCUAGGAGCGAGGGACUCCCUGAGGCUGGAAGCAGGGCUCUGCCUUUACGGCAGCGACAUCGAUCAAACCACAACGCCGGUAGAAGCAGGCCUCACCUGGCUGGUGGCCAAAGCCAGAAGACAAACGGGGAAUUUUCCAGGCGCCAGUAGGAUCCUGGACCAGAUCCGAGACGGCUGUGCCAGGAAAAGGGUGGGCGUAGUGUCGAGCACCGGCCCCCCAGCCCGCCACGGCACGAAGAUAAUGGACCAAGAGCACAGGGAGAUAGGCGAGGUGACCUCCGGAUGCCCAGCGCCCAGCCUCGGAAAGAACAUCUCGAUGGGUUACGUUCCGAACGAACAUAGCAAGGCCGGUACCAAAGUUCUGCUGAAAAUUAGGGAUAAGGCUUACAUUGGCGACGUGACCAGGAUGCCCUUCGUGCCGAGCCGUUAUUAUGUCAAACCCAAGGGUGGCAAAUAAAAUAUUCCCUAUU